UGGUACAACAUUUACAAACGCAACGAGCUUGUGUUGCGCGUUGUUCUGCUGUGUGACGGUUAGCGCCAGGAUUCGACUGAUGGCUCGUAAUGGCGAUGAGUGCGAGCCACUACUAGCGACCAGUGACCGACAAAUUUACUGUGCAUCCAACACGUGCUGCGCAAACGGCUCUGGCAGUUAUAUAGAAGGCCUGCACUUCUAUAGGUUCCCUGAGGAUGCCUGGCGCUGUAGGCAGUGGAUAGAAAACUGUGGAAACCAUACAUUAUCUGGAAGACCUGUGACAGAAGUGUGCCAGAAUACCUAUUUGUGCCGAGCGCACUUCGACGCGACCCAGUUUGAAAUGCGCGAUGGUUCCCGCCGUUUGAAACCCGACGCUGUGCCGACCAUCUUUACGCCUGUCAAUUACCAACACUUGGAAAUGGACCACGACUACUUAAGCGUGUUGCCACGUGUCAUUCAGCAGCCGCCAAAAUCGAAGUUGUCCACUUUGCUGAGAGUUGUGCCGCGAGAAGUUACCUCAAACGAAGGUUCUCAAGCAGCACUGCGAAAGUCAGCGGCAGGUUCUGAGCCAAUUGAGAGCACGACUUCAAGCAACAACAGCACCGACCUGCCUGGAACGAACGAUGCAAGUACAACUGAGCUGUCGCCAACAGCUGUGACGCAUACUAAGCCCCUCGCAACAGUGGCAGCCGCGCCACAGAAGGUUUCAUCCGGUGCCCCACACAGAAGACAACAAACAGCUCACCUGCAGCGGAAACAACCUUCAGUGCUAGCCCGGCGCAUUGCGCCAUCUGCUAAGGAGACUCCUCUACAGAAAUAUAUGCUACUUUGUGCAGAAUUUAAAAGUGAGCUGAAGUUAGUAGAGAAACGCAAAGAAACAUUGGAGAGGUUGUUUACUGGCGUGCAGGAGCUGUUGUUUCAAGAAGCAGAACUGCUGAAUACGGAGGAUACUGCAGUUUUAGUGGGUUCUCUUGUUAAGUUUCAACAGGAGCGUUAUUGCCGAAAGCCAGACAGUUUGGCUGAAAAAGUACUGUGCUCACUGUGGUCAAAAUAUCAGAAGAAACAACCACAAAAGGUGCAGCAACGACCGUUUGCUCAAGUUGCAGUCUUUGUGAUGGCGAAGUCCCAGCCAGGACGAGUCAUUCUUGGAAAGCGGAAGAGCAUUCUUGGUGGAGGCCUUUACCAGGUGCCUUGCGGAGAAAUUGAGUUCGGAGAAACGUGGGAAGAAGCAGCAUGUAGAGAAGUGUUUGAAAGCACAGCAAUGUAUGUUUGUAAUUUGUCAGUGUGCUCUGUAGUAGACACUGUGGAGCAGGCUGCGGGCUAUCAUGCAGUGACAGUGUUCAUGCGAGGCACUGUAGAUGGUAGCUCGGUAGCACCAGAGCCUGAAGCAAUGCAACCUGACUUAUGCGACUCUUGGCACUGGAGGCAGUGGCAAGAGCUGCCAAGCUUGAAUGAGCUGCACUGGCCCCUUAGGGACUAUAAAGCUGAAGGUUUGCAACCGUUUUCCUAAUGUGAUUUGCUGUACAAUUGCAAUGUUUCUCAGUAUUGUUACUUUACAUUUAAUACUGCACUAUU